AUGUUCGUCAAAUCCGAGACCUUGGAGUUGAAGGAGGAGGAGGACGUGCUGGUGCUGCUCGGCUCGGCUUCCCCAGCCUCAGCCUCCCUGACCCCGUUGUCAUCCAGCGCCGAGGAGGAGGAGGAGGAGCUGGGCGCGUCGGGAGGGGCGCGUCUGCAGCUUGGGGCCGAGGCCGGGCAGGGGGCGCGGGGCAACUCAGCGGCGGGUGCCGAGGGCUGCAGGCCCGCGCGGCUGCUGGGUUUGGUACACGAGUGCAAGCGGCGCCCCUCCCGAUCACGGGCAGUCUCCCGCGGCGCCAAAACUGCCGAGACUGUGCAGCGAAUCAAGAAGACCCGCAGACUGAAGGCCAACAACCGCGAGCGCAACCGCAUGCACAAUCUCAACGCGGCGUUGGAUGCGUUGCGCGAGGUGCUCCCCACGUUCCCCGAGGACGCCAAGCUCACCAAGAUCGAGACGCUACGCUUUGCUCACAACUAUAUCUGGGCGCUCACCGAGACCCUACGCCUGGCCGACCACUGCGGGGGCGGGGGCGGGGGCCUGCCGGGGGCGCUCUUCUCGGAGGCGGUGCUGCUGAGUCCCGGAGGCGCUAGCGCCGCUCUGAGCAGCAGCGGAGACAGCCCAUCGCCCUCUUCCACGUGGAGUUGCACCAACAGCCCCGCACCAUCCUCUUCUUCGUCCUCCAAUUCCACCUCUCCUUACAGCUGCACUUUAUCUCCCGCCAGCCCCACAGGGUCAGACAUGGACUAUUGGCAGCCCCCACCUCCCGACAAGCACCGCUAUGCACCUCACCUCCCCAUAGCCAGGGAUUGUAUCUAG